AUGUUGCCCAAGGGACGCUCAGUGGAGGCCAAUUCAAGUUUCUCCUGCUACACAGAUGUCUUCAGGAAUGAUACUAAAGCAAUUAAAUUGUUCCUUCCAGAGCACAGAUUGGAAGUCAUUUGUCAUUUAUAUGACUACAACAAGCCCGACACCAAGGAGAAUAGAAGGAAGAAUCUCCUGCUUUAUACUUCAGCAGGUCUUGCUCCAAGCAUACAAAUCUUCAACAGUACCUACUCAAAAGUCUUCUACUUCGAAAUGUCUACGGGAGAAGAUGUGGAUUCAUGGUCAAUUUCUAUCCCCCGAGAAGAGAUUACAUAUAAUACAGAUAUUGCUCCAAUAGAGGAGUGGUUUGUAAAAUUCAAUAUGCAUCAUGGAUUAAAUAUGUUCACUACUGAAGGAACUUUGCUUGAUAUUAUGAGAGAGCCUAUUCUUCAAUGGGUUGGGAAACUUGGAGUUGUUUUAGGAAUCACUGACACUGGGUUUAUGAGUCGAGAUACAAAGUGGUAUAACCUGUCAGACACCAUUUGUACUGUCCUAGAAGAUGACUGCGCUGGUCUUGCACUUGUGGAUGUAAUUUUAAUAAAUACUCGUCUAAUAAUACUUACUACACUGGGAUUAUUUAUCAGUGAUGAUUUGCGUUAUCCACCAGAAUCUGGACAGGUGCUGAGAGAUGAUUAUUUCAGAGCAAGAAUAUGGUAUAGUCGCCAGUGUCUAGCUAACAGAGAAAAGGAGGAAGUGGACUAUGUUGGUCUGUCAUUUAACAAAGACAAGACAUUAAGUCAGAACAGGGCAUUGGUGUCAGUGCAUAAGUUAGAAGGCAAUGAACUGAGGAAACAGAGAAAAUUUCCAGCUUUUUGGUUUCCAGAUCUAGACUUUAUCCCAUUUGGAAUGUUUUUCCAUCCAGGCAGUCAUUUCUUAUACGCUUACGGAAAUCAGGUAUGGAUUUCUUAUGAUGGAGGCAAUGUUUUUACACCAAUAAUGAAACUGGAGAACGAGACUAUUGUAGAAACAGACACAUGUGUUUACACCCAAGCUAUUGUAUUCGUCUCAGACAAAGGCACAAUAUUCUACACUAAGGCAGGCAUGCAAAAAUAUGCCAGGCUUAGAGUUACACCAGGAGCUAUAUUUAGCAUGUAUUUUGACCACCUGGGAACUUUAAAUUAUAUUGUUUUGAACAGUUCAUCUACUGAUGACGUAGUAGUGUCUGAGAUGGAUGUGAACACUUUAUUGAAGGGGGAUGAUUUAGGCUUUAAUGCUGCUUUGGCAGUACAGUAUAUCACUGAAGAACAGAUCGUCUUUUCUACUAACAUAUUUAAACCAACGGAUGUAGAGAAAACAGUAGUGAUUCCAGGAAUGAGCAGUUUCUUGAUUAUUCAAUUUGUGAAUGACACUGAAACUUUAGGACAUGCAGUUAUGCCUAAUCAAGUGGUUACAGGCCGUGCCUAUCAGGUAUUCCAUAGGCAACUAAUGAGGGUAGUAGUUGGAAGGCCAACUCUCCUGGAUGUGGAUACAACGGAUUACUGGGACGACAGUGAUAGUUAUGUAAUUCAUAUCACUGUUCAGAGUAGAUUUUUCGAAAAGGGUAAAACCUCAAUCGCUGUGAUAAUUAGGUAUGCGUCCCUUAUUUGUGAUGUCACAACUAUAAUCUUAACUAUGAAGAAUUCCUGCUCCUAUCUUAAAACAAUGCACUAUGUUCUGCCUGUUGAAAUCAAUGAAGAGGAUUGGCUAUCUAAUGGAUCUGUUUAUAAGCACAAUAUCACAGAAGGUUCUAGACUUUUAAAGAACCUGCCGGUGAACUACAGACCACCUUCAGUCCUGGGAAUAGCUGUUCCACUCACAGAAAAUUUUUAUAAUGUUGACCCUAGCAAACCCAGAACGAGAGACUAUUUUUCAGGAUCAAAAGCUACUGGAAAGUACAAGCAAUGCGCUAACAAGACAACGCGAGCUGAUUGCAAAUGUACUUCAAAUAUGAAGGUGUCAUUUUCUGUAGCCUUUUCAGAUUGUAAAGAGAAGGAGGAGGAGGAGGAAGGGAUUUGCCUACCAGUAGCUGAAGAAGAGCCUAUGGCGGAAAAACAGUUGAUCCUGCUUGAAAAUGAUACUGCUAUGCAGGAGCAGGUCUCUGAAGGGACAAUUCAGAGGAACGCAAUUUCGGCCUCCCCGGGACGCUAUAAGAGCAUCCUGGGCGAGCCGGCAGUGAUCUGCGGCUCGGAAAAGGAGCUGUUUAGAGUUCAGAGGAACGCAAUUUCGGCCUCCCCGGGACGCUAUAAGAGCAUCCUGGGCGAGCCGGCAGUGAUCUGCGGCUCGGAAAAGGAGCUGUUUAGAGGUACAAAUUUAACAUCAAGUACGUUAAAAAUGAAAAAACUUUUGGAGCGUUCUCUCGGCACUGAGUUGUAUAAUCCAGAAGGCUUGACUAUAAGCAUAAUGGGAUCUGAGCUUUUCCAUUUUAGAGUAUCUACCAUUCCUGGAGCCUCAUUUUGCAAUUUGUUUGAUGAAUUUCAGAUUUUCGUCGAUGAUCCUCCACUGGCUUUUCCAGGACAGUAUCUUAUCAGUACAAUUACAGCUGUAGCAAUAGGAGGCAUUAUCUUUAUGGCUUUUAUUCUUCAUGUGGGCUCCGCGGGGAGGCCCGCCGCUCGGGCCCGGGGCAGGCCACGCGAGGCCGGCGGGGGAGCCGGAGGGGAGUGGAAGGAGAGCCGGAGACGGAAGAACAUGGCGGCGGCGGAGGAGGAGAAGAAGAAGAGAGAGGGAGAAGGAGUCCGGCCGGAAGUGCUGCCUGUGAUGCCUUCCGUGUAG